GGCGGUACUUCCUGUGUGUGUUAUGUAGCUGUGAGCGACAGAGGAGUUUCAUUCUAGUUUUGCUCUAGAUUCACACCAAAAGUCCCCUUUGCCGCUUUGCUGGUCUUGCUGCGUUAAAGGCUGUUGAAGGAGAGUUUGUGUUUUUUUCAUCCAUAGGAUUGCAGCGAUAGUCAAACAAUGGAGGUCGUCUCAGCUACAAGGUCAUGGGUUCUCCAGUACCCUAAAACUAUCGUUGUUGUCACACUUACAGGAGUGAGUUUAUUUGGAUUUAAGAGAUGGAUGGCUGGGGGAGUGUGUCGCAGCAAAGCCCGCCUGGAUGGAAAGACUGUACUGAUCACCGGAGCCAACACUGGAAUCGGCAAAGAGACGGCCAUUGACCUGGCCAAAAGAGGUGCGAGGGUAAUUCUGGCCUGCAGAGACAAGGACAGAGCUAACAAUGCUGCAGAGGAAAUUAAAAAGAAGAGUGGAAACACUAACGUGGUCGUCAAAAAGUUAGACUUGGCCUCUCUCCAGUCGGUGCGCCUGCUCGCCAACGAUGUUGCCGCAAAUGAAAAGCGGCUUGAUAUUCUCAUCAAUAAUGCAGGGGUCAUGUGUUGCCCACCGUGGAAGACUGAAGAGGGCUAUGAUAUGCAGUUUGGUGUGAACCAUCUGGGUCAUUUCCUUCUAACAAACUGCCUGCUGGAUCUCCUGAAGCAGUCGGCACCAAGUCGCAUUGUCAAUGUCUCCAGCUUAGCUCAUGAAAGAGGCAAGAUCGAUUUUGAUGAUAUAAAUCAACAGAAAAACUAUAAUCCUUGGAAAAGCUACUCUCAAAGCAAACUCGCCAACGUCCUCUUUACCAGGGAGCUGGCCAAAAAGUUGGAAGGCACCGGGGUAACAACAUACAGCCUCCACCCGGGAGUUAUUCGCACUGAGCUUGGCCGACACUUCUUUCCCAACAUGGCCUUGUGGAAGAGAGUGUUAUACACACCAUUAAGCUUCUUCAUUAAGAAUCCCAGAGAGGGCGCACAGACCACCAUCUACUGUGCUGUGGAGGAAAGCCUGCAAAACGAGAGUGGAUUAUAUUACAGCGACUGUGCCCGUAAAGCUACCGCACCUCAGGGACGUGAUGAUGAAGCUGCCAAGAAGCUGUGGGAUCUGAGUGCCUCCAUGGUGGGUCUGACACAGUCAGAGUGAUGCACACGAUGGUGGCGAUGGCUGUCUUCGUCUUCACGGCAACAACAGGAUCGCAAGAGCAUCCCCAGCAAAAAAACUGGAGCGCUCUCUAUCAGUUUGGCUUUUUACAAAUAAGUUAGCAAGGAAAACACAGGGAUUCACAUUUGAUAGACAUUUAUUUAGAAUGUACAACAAACUACUUGCAAAAAUACUAUCCAUUGAACUAUGUUGUAUCUUCUGUAUUUAAAAAGAAGCACUGCUGUACCGGUAGGUUACAUGGAAGGAGCACGAUCAUCGAAUGACAUUUUACCGGUGCCUGCAUCGCCUGGGAGCUCAUACACUAUCUGCUUUCCAAAGAUAUUUACUUCCAUAAACAUUAUUUUAACACUGCUAACGGCAAGAAUUAUGUUUUGUUUUUCUCUCAUGGGUAUGAAAGUGCUUUUAAAAUGAACGAGGCAUGAUGUUGCUUAACAUUGUGUUCACUCAUUCUGUCUUUAGCUUGUUUUAUGUCAAAUGAGUUCAGCAAUUUUUCAGCGAGAUUCUGAUUAAAAGUUAUAAGUAGUAAAUUUCCCACCUAUAAUUGGACUUAGCCUAAAUUCAUAUUGGUUAUCUCUAUAUGCAAACCCUAAGAGAAACUUUGGCUUAUUUAUUUUAUUUAAUUUUUUUUACAAUAUCUUAGCAGUUUAUGUAAAAAAACAACCUGUUUUGCUAACCAUUAAACUGCAGCCACAGCUGUAUGUUGUGGAUAUUUACAGAGAUGGCUAUGAUUACUUUCAGAUAAAUCAAGGUAGAAGGUGGUGCACCAUCAAUGUUUUUCCUGUGUGAAACACAUGCUGGAAACAUAAGAACUGAUGGGGUCUGAUUAGAGUAAAUGUCUGGUAGAAAAGUAAAGCGAUGUUAGAAGAAAAUAAUCAUACAACCAUUUUUAAGGGAUUUUUUCCUUGAACAGGGGCAGGAACAAUGCCACAUUAAGUCUGUGGUAUGUGUUAGGGAUCUCAUUGUACUGUCAAAAGGCUUUUCUCUUAGACAUUUCUGUAAAACCGAUCAGAUUCUGCCAUGUUCUUAAUCAUUUUCAUCCUGCCCUUGUUUCAACAUAUUCAUUAUCAGUUCGUAUGAAAUCGUACGAAAAGUUAUGCACACUAUUUCGUACGUUUUGGACGU